AUGAAUAUCAGCCCGUCAUCCACCGACACAGAGUCCACCAUCGCAGACGAAACAUCGCAUACGUCGGAUAUCGAGGAUGAGCCAGAAAACCCACCCAUUCUCCGUACCAGUAUAUGGCACAUGGCAGAUGAAGUGCACAAGAUGAAGGAUCAGGAGAAAGAAGCUGGACUAAAGCCAAGGAAGCUCGGCGUGACCUGGUUGAAUCUCACUGUGAAAGGUGUCGGCAGCAAUGCCACCUUCAAUGAGAAUGUACUCUCUCAACUUUUGCCCUUUGGUAAGGGCAACAAAGGUUCCCAGCUGAAGACUAUCAUUGAAGAUUCAUCAGGAUGUGUUAAGCCUGGAGAGAUGUUACUGGUGCUUGGACGGCCCGGAGCGGGCUGUACAACGUUGCUGAGCGUACUCGCCAACAAUCGGCUCGGCUACGAAGAAGUUAGCGGAAACGUUAGCUAUGGAAACAUGUCUGCUGAGGAAGCCAGACAAUAUCGAGGCCAGAUCAUCAUGAAUACAGAAGAGGAAAUAUUCUUUCCGACCCUGUCCGUCGAGGACACUAUCGACUUCGCCGCUCGUAUGAAGGUUCCCUAUCGCUUACCAUCCGGGAUCAAGACGCACGAGGAAUAUAUCCAGUUCCAAAAGGAUUUCCUCCUGAAGUCAGUUGGAAUCUCCCAUACCGCACAUACCAAGGUGGGAGACGCCUUUAUCAGGGGUGUCUCUGGAGGGGAAAGGAAACGUGUGUCCAUUCUCGAAUGCCUGACCACACGUGCGAGCGUUUUCUGCUGGGACAACUCGACGAGAGGUCUCGAUGCCAGCACGGCACUCGAUUGGAUCAAGGCAAUUAGAGUAAUGACCGAUGUCCUCGGGCUUACUACAAUUGUCACACUAUAUCAGGCAGGCAACGGCAUCUAUGAGCACUUUGAUAAGGUCCUUGUCCUUGACGAGGGCAAACAUAUGUUCUACGGACCCCAGAAGGACGCUGUCCCAUUCAUGGAAGACCUUGGCUUUGUGAGACACUCCGGUUCCAACCAUGCAGAUUUCCUGACAGGCGUAACUGUCCCUACCGAGCGCCUCAUUGCCCCAGGAUAUGAAGACAAGUUCCCACGUACCGCCCGUGACAUCUUUGUCGCAUACAAUCAGUCAAGGAUCAAAGCCCAAAUGCUGGAAGAGUGUCAAAGUUAUCCAGCAAGCGAGGAAGCCACGGAGAACACGGUUUUCUUGAAGGAAAUGGUCUCCCUUGAGAAACAUCGGGGUGUUUCCGAGAAGUCUCCCCUCACUACUAAUCUGAUUACUCAAGUGAAGGCUGCCGUUAUCAGGCAGUAUCAACUUAUGUGGGGUGACAAGGCGACGCUACUUAUGAAGCAGGGUGCUACAGUCAUCCAGGCUCUCCUCGGUGGUUCCCUCUUCUAUUCCGCUCCCGAUAACUCGCUCGGCCUUUUCCUCAAGAGCGGUGCUCUGUUCUUCUCUAUCUUGUACAACGCUCUUCUUGCCCUAUCAGAAGUUACCGACUCUUUCACCGGCAGACCUAUUCUAGCCAAGCACCGCUCAUUCGCCAUGUACCACCCAGCUGCUAUCUGCAUCGCCCAAAUCGUCAUAGACUUUUCCAUGCUAUUAUUCCAAGUAACACAUUUUGGCCUUGUUCUCUACUUUAUGGUGGGUCUAAAGACUACAGCUGCAGCUUUUUUUACCUACUUGGUCAUCAACUUCAUGACCGCCAUGUCGAUGACUAGCUUCUUCCGUCUGAUUGGCGCCGCUUUCCCUACUUUUGAUGCAGCGACCAAAGUCUCGGGACUCUCGAUUGUAGCCUUAUUUGUCUACAUGGGUUAUAUGAUUAUCAAGCCCUUGAUGCAUCCCUGGUUUGUCUGGAUUUUUUGGAUCAACCCCAUGGCUUAUGCAUUCGAAGCUCUGCUCGGAAAUGAAUUUCAUAACCAACACAUCCCAUGUUAUGGCCCUAACCUUGUUCCCAGUGGGCCUGGCUACCUUGAUAUCGAGGGCAGUCAGUCAUGUGCUGGAGUUAAUGGCGCAGCACCUGGUGCAACGAGCCUCACAGGCGACGAAUACCUCGCAGCCAUGUCCUUUAGCCAUAGUCAUGUGUGGCGCAACUUCGGAAUCAUUUGCGCCUUGUGGGUGUUCUUCGUUGCACUCACAGUCUUCUUCACCUCCAGGUGGAAGCAGCUUGGAGAAGGUGGUCACAAACUCCUGAUUCCUCGGGAGCAACAGCACAAGUCGAACCAUCUUCUGCUGCAGUCCGCAGACGAGGAAGCACCAGCCACGGAGAAGUCUGCCGUCAACCCUGGAUCCGAUACGUCAGGAAGUGACGUCGGGAAUGACCUUCUCCGCAACAGGAGCGUGUUCACGUGGAAGAACUUGACGUAUACCGUUAAAACUUCUGACGGGGAUCGCGUGCUUCUUGAUAAUGUACAAGGUUAUGUCAAACCAGGCAUGCUGGGCGCUCUAAUGGGUUCUUCCGGCGCUGGAAAGACGACUCUUCUUGACGUUCUCGCGCAACGAAAAACUGCGGGUACUAUUCAUGGAUCCGUCUUGGUAGAUGGGCGCCCAGUUCCUAUUGCAUUCCAACGCUCGACCGGCUAUGUCGAACAGUUAGACAUUCACGAGCCUUUGACUACCGUCCGCGAGGCUCUGGAAUUUUCGGCCCUGUUGCGUCAAUCUCGCUAUACACCCACCGAAGAAAAAUUGCGAUACGUGGACACUAUUAUUGACCUCCUAGAACUACACGAUCUCGAACAUACACUUGUUGGUCGUCCAGGCAGCGGUCUCUCAGUGGAGCAACGUAAACGUCUUACUAUUGCCGUUGAACUGGUAGCAAAGCCGAGUAUCCUGAUAUUCCUUGAUGAGCCUACAUCAGGGCUCGAUGGCCAGGCAGCUUACAAUACUAUUCGUUUCCUUCGCAAACUUGCAGAUGCCGGACAAGCCGUCUUGGUUACUAUCCAUCAGCCAUCUGCUCAGUUGUUUGCGCAAUUUGAUAAGCUAUUAUUGCUAGCUAAGGGCGGCAAAACUGCAUACUUUGGAGAUAUCGGCCAGAAUGCGAAUAUUAUGAAGGAAUACUUUGCUCGUUAUGGAGCCCCUUGCCCUCCUGAAGCUAAUCCAGCCGAGUACAUGAUUGAUGUUGUGUCAGGAAGCGAGGGCAAAGAUUGGAACCAGAUCUGGCUGCAGUCCCCGGAACAUGAUAAUCUCUGUAAGGAACUAGACACCAUGGUCACCGAAGCUGCCGCUCGACCUGCAGCAGUCAAUGACGACGGGCAUGAAUUUGCAGCUUCCAUGUGGACCCAAACAAAGCUUGUGACGCAUCGCAUGAACCUCUCGCUCUUCCGGAACACUGAAUACCUUAAUAAUAAGUUCGCAAUGCAUAUCAGCCUGGCGCUCUUGAAUGGCUUCACCUUCUGGAAGAUUGGAGAUGCAUUGACAGACCUACAACAAAACCUCUUUACUGUCUUCAACUUUAUUUUUGUUGCGCCAGGUGUCAUUUCCCAGCUCCAGCCGCUCUUCAUAGACCGUCGCGAUAUCUUCGAGGCCCGGGAGAAGAAGAGCAAAAUGUACCAUUGGGCUCCGUUUGUGACUGGUCUUAUAGUCUCGGAAUUUCCUUACUUACUUGUUUGCGCAUUGCUGUAUUAUGUCUGCUGGUACUUCACUUGUGGCCUUCCCACCUCAGCAGACCACGCUGGCAGUGUGUUCUUUGUUGUUGUAAUGUACGAGUGUCUUUACACUGGUAUUGGACAGAUGAUUGCCGCUUAUACACCUAACGCCGUUUUUGCAUCACUUGUCAACCCUCUGGUGAUCACAACUCUAGUCUCAUUCUGCGGCGUCAUGAUCCCAUACAGCCAAAUUGUGCCGUUCUGGAGAUACUGGAUGUACUACAUCGACCCCUUCAAUUACCUCAUGAGCUCCCUGCUGGUCUUCACUACCUGGGACAAACCUGUUCACUGCAAACCAGACGAACUGGCCGUAUUCAACCCCGCCCCCAAUCAAACCUGUCAUCAAUAUCUUGAAAUCUACCAGCGCGGGAUGGGGAUGGGCACGAAUCUUCUCAACCCUGACGCCACCACCGAGUGUCGUGUGUGCUUAUACACCGAGGGUGGCGAUUACCUUCGUACACUGAACCUCCAGCAGGAGUAUUAUGGAUGGAGAAACGCGGGGAUCGUUGUUGUCUUCGUGAUUGGUAUUUACGGGCUGGUGUUUAUCAUGAUGAAACUCAGGACCAAGGCUACCAAGAAAGCCGAGUCUUAA